CCGCUGCCCAAGUACGACAACUGCUGGCUGGCACGUACCGACCCGGCCGACGUGGCGCGCGUUGAGUCCAAGACGUUCAUCGUGACCGACGAGCGGCGCCAGACGGUGCCGACGCCGCGGCAGGGCGUCAAGGGCGCGCUCGGCAACUGGAUGUCGCCGGCCGACCUGGACAGCGCGGUGGCCGCCCGCUUUCCGGGUUGCAUGCGCGGCCGCACGCUGUACGUCAUUCCCUUCUCAAUGGGGCCGGUCGGCUCGCCGCUCAGCAAGAUCGGCAUCGAGCUCACCGACUCACCGUACGUGGUGGCGUCGAUGCGCGUGAUGACGCGAAUGGGCACCGACGUGCUCGAGGCGCUCGGCGACGACGACUUCGUCAAAUGCCUGCACUCGGUGGGCCGGCCGCUACCGAUGAAGACCGAGCCCGUCAACGGCUGGCCGUGCAACCCCGAGCAGACGAUCGUCACGCACGUGCCGGCGCGCAACGAGAUCAUCUCGUUCGGUAGUGGCUACGGCGGUAACUCGCUGCUGGGCAAGAAGUGCUUUGCGCUGCGGAUCGGCUCGACGAUCGCCCGCCGCGAGGGCUGGCUGGCCGAGCACAUGCUCAUCCUGGGCAUCACCAACCCGCAGGGCGAGAAACGCUACAUUGCCGCCGCCUUCCCUUCCGCCUGCGGCAAGACCAACCUGGCCAUGAUGGCGCCGACGCUGCCCGGCUACAAGAUCGAGUGCGUCGGCGACGACAUCGCCUGGAUGAAGUUCGACGAGAACGGCGUGCUGCGCGCCAUCAACCCGGAGAACGGCUUCUUCGGCGUGGCGCCCGGCACCUCGUCCGCCACCAACCCGAUGGCGAUGGCCACCGUCACUGCCAACACCAUCUUCACCAACGUGGCCAAGACGGCCGACGGCGGCGUCUUCUGGGAGGGGCUGGAGCGCGAGGUGGACGCGUCCGUCGGCGUGACCGACUGGCAGGGCCGCGCGUGGACGCCCGGCUGUGGCCGGCCGUCGUCUCACCCCAACAGCCGGUUCUGCGCGCCGGCCGCACAGUGCCCCAUCAUCGACCCGCAGUGGGAGUCAGCUGAGGGCGUGCCCAUCUCGGCCAUCCUGUUCGGCGGCCGGCGGCCGGAGGGCGUGCCGCUGGUGUACGAGGCCUUCAGCUGGCGGCACGGCGUGCUGCUCGGCGCAGCCAUGAGGUCAGAGGCGACGGCGGCCGCCGAGCACAAGGGCAAGGUGAUCAUGAACGACCCGUUCGCGAUGAGACCGUUCUUCGGCUACAACUUCGGCCACUACCUGGAGCACUGGCUGUCCAUGUCGGAGCGAAGUUCGCCCGCCCACCUGCCCAAGAUCUUCCACGUCAACUGGUUCCGCAAGGCGGCCGGCGGUGGCUUCCUGUGGCCCGGCUUCGGUGAGAACUCGCGCGUGCUCGACUGGGUGCUGCGCCGCGUGCAGGGCGAGCCGUGCGCCCAGGAAUCGGCCGUCGGCUACAUACCGACACCCGACGCGCUCCGGCUGGAGGGCCUAGCCGAAAAGGUCGACCUGGAACAGCUGUUCAGCCUGCCCGGCGACUUCUGGCGGCGCGAGGUGGAGGCACUGGAGACGUACUUCGCCGAGCAGGUGGGCGCCGACCUGCCCACCGCCAUCAGUGAGGAGCUGGACGCGCUCAGGAAGCGGGUCGAGAAACUGGAGUAGGGGGCAGCACUGGAGUCGCGGACCAGCCGGGCAGCCUCGCGCCGCUCGGGCGUGUGUUACUGAGGUGUGAGUCGGUCAAUGGGUUAAAUGUGUGUGUGUGUGUGUGUGUGUGUGUGUGUGUGUGUGUGUGUGUGUGUGUGUGUGUGUGUGUGUGUGUGUGUGUGUGUGUGUGUGUGUGUCUGCAUGUAUGUAUGAGCUGAAUGCAAGAUCAGCGGCGGUCCGUUUUUGUUGAUACGCGAUACAUACGGUACGCGGAACGUUUCCGCGGAAUUGCGCCGUUUUAUUUUGAGGUCAUAGUUAUCCCCUGCAGCUGUAACGCUCAAUGGGCUGUAGUUUUACAUGUUUCGUUGUGUUGCUUUCUGACGUGCCCCCUAGAUGUCUCUGAUAUCGCGCAGCCCUGUUUUUCAUAAAAACGCCGCUGCUAGCUGCCGGGAUCCGGGCAUCUGUGCCUUCGGAUUCUAUAGGCUCUCCUUCAUACCAUGCUGUAAAAUGUUUUCGUGAGAGCUACAAACAUUGUAAGGAGAUCCGGAGUGGGCAUUACUAACACCCACAAAAGUGUGCGAGAUGUACCCGUGUCUCGAUAUAGGAUGUGGACACGCGUCAGUUUCGUGGAUUUCCCACAAAUGUGCGUGAGAUGACCAAUAUAAAUGGUGUGGACAA